GUUGGAGCACAUGCACAUUGUACCACAUUUCUCACAGUAAAGCUUUGCAGACUGACAGCAGCACACGGACCUAGCUACUGAAGCCCGCAACGAGGACAAAUCUGGGACAUCAUUACGAGCUUUGGGAUUUUUCAUUUCUUUAAAACACUGGAGUGAACUUGCUCACUAAGGACCACAUUGAUUUAACCCCCUACUAUGGCAGCCCAAAUGGGACAACCUGUCUCAUCUCCAAAGUGGACUAUAAUUUUCUUUUUGACACUGCUGAGUCAAGUGCAAAGCUUUAAUUUGGAUACAGACCACACACUGCAUAAACUGGGAGACAGAGGGACAUUUUUUGGGUUUUCUCUGGCCCUCCAUCAGCAGGUCACUCCGGAGCCGCAGAGCUGGAUUCUGGUGGGUGCACCACAGGCUGCAGGACAGGGGGCACUUUUGGGCAGCAGACCCGGAGCUUUGUUCAGAUGUCCCGUUUCACCUGAAGAAUAUGACUGUGAGCGAGUGGACAUCGAUGGAGACGUGAGUCUAGAUAAAGAGAGCAAGGACAACCAGUGGCUGGGAGUUACAGUUAAAAGUCAAGGCAUUGGAGGAAAAGUUGUGACCUGUGCCCACCUGUACGAGCUACGUCAGCGUGUGAGGCAGCCCUCAGAGACGCGGGACCCCAUCGGCCGCUGCUACGUCUUGAGCGAGGACCUGACAGAGCGAGAUGACCUGGACGGAGGAGAGUGGAAGUUCUGUGAGGGCCGACCUCAGGGGCAUGAGCAGUUUGGCUUCUGUCAGCAGGGCAUGUCUGUCAGCUUCACUCCAGAUAACAACUUUAUACUGUUUGGAGCACCAGGGACUUACAACUGGAAAGGGCUGUUGUUCAUGGCUAGCCCGAUUGAAGAUGCGUUGCUGUACAAAACACUGGAACCCUCGAGUCGACCCACUGCAUUUGAAGACGUAGCCCAUAAUAGCUACUUAGGUUUCUCAGUGGACUCAGCGAUGGGAAUAAUGGCCCGUGGGGAGCUGACGUUCGUAGCAGGUGCUCCCAGGGCGAACCACACGGGGGCGGUAGUGCUGCUGAAGAAGGAUAAUGUGUACAGACUGGUGCCGCAGCAUAUCUUCUGGGGGGAGGAGCUGGCGUCUUCGUUUGGGUAUUCUGUGGCGACUACCGACCUCAACAAAGACGGAUGGACAGACUUGAUUGUUGGAGCUCCUAAUUUCUUCGACCGUAAAGCAGAGAUCGGAGGAGCAGUUUAUGUUUACCUGAAUCCUUUUGGCCACUGGGACGACCAUUCGCGUCCCAUCCGACUCAACGGGACCUAUGACUCCAUGUUUGGGAUGACCGUGAGCAGCAUUGGAGACCUGGACCAAGACGGAUAUGGAGAUAUUGCAGUUGGAGCUCCGUUUGAUGGAGACGGCAAAGUGUUCAUCUACAGAGGGUCUGAUUCUGGCAUUGAAACUAAACCAGCUCAAGUUUUGGAUGGCCGUGACUUUGACGUGAGGCGUUUUGGGUACUCUAUCUCCGGGGGUCUGGACAUGGACAAUAACCACUACCCGGAUUUGGCCGUGGGGUCUCUCAACGAUUCUGUGGUCCUCUUCAGGUCUCGUCCAGUGAUUCAUGUGGCCAGAGAAUUGACCAUUGACCCUCAGUACAUCGACUUGGGUCAUCACAACUGCAAAGGCCGUGAGGGAGUCUGUGUUGAUGUAAAGGCCUGCUUCCUGUUCACAGCCCAUCCAGAGCACUAUAAUCCACACAUCACCCUCGUGGUGCAUUUUGAGGCCGACACAGAGCGCAGGAAGUUGGGGCUCCCACACAGAGUGAACUUCCUGGGCCGAAGUUCACUGGAGGCGGAAUACACUCAGACUGAGGAGGUGGAGAUGCACAGACAGCGCCAACAUGUGUGCACUACCGCUACCUUCCAGCUACAUGAGAACAUUCGAGACAAACUGCGUCCGAUCUCCAUGGCAAUCACUCACACCAUUAAACCAGUGCCACCACGACGACAUUCUGGAGCCAAGAGACUGGAGAAGCUGCCUCCUAUUCUGAGUGUGUCCCCCUCCAACACUCUGCACUCUGAGAUAAACUUCCUGCGUGAGGGUUGUGGCAGUGACAAGAUCUGCCAGAGCAACCUGAGGCUCAGCUACCAGUUUGGAACACGACCUCUGACCUCUGACCUCUUCACCCCUCUGCCACGAGAUGAGGAGGAGGUACAGGUCUUCUCUCUGUCUGAUCAGCGUGUGGUGGUUCUGGAACUCACAGUCACAAACUUCCCCUCGGACCCUCUGAACCCCGAGGAGGAUGGAGAUGAUGCUCACGCCGCUCAACUCCUCAUCUCUCUCCCAAACACGCUGUCCUACGCUGGCUCCAGGCUGCCCCCCCAGAUUCGAUGCCAGGCGAACCAGAAUGGCUCUCAAGUGGAGUGUGACCUGGGGAAUCCUGUCAAAAGAAACAGCAGGUUAAAAUUCUCCAUCAGUCUGAGUACCGCCAACAUCACAAUUGAGACCACAGAGCUGACUGCAGAUCUGCUCCUGUCAACUAUCAGUGAGCAGUCUGACUUGACUCCAGUUACAGCUUUUGCCAAAGUAGUGAUAGAGCUCCCCCUGUCUGUCAGUGGACUGGCGAACCCGCACCAGCUGUUCUUCAGUGGGCCAGUGAAAGGCGAGAGUGCUAUGGCCAGUCUGGAGGAGAUUGGCAGCCCUGUAGAGUUUGAAUUUGUGGUUUCAAAUCCUGGCCAGGCCUUGCAGACUCUUGGCUCUGCGUUCCUCAACAUCAUGUUUCCUCAUGAACUGUCCAACGGGAAGUGGCUCCUGUAUCCGUCCAGUCUGAAGUUUGAGGGAAACCAGUGCAGCCCAAAAGGAGCGAUAAACCCUCUACAACUGCCUGCAUCUGUAAAUAACCAGCCAGAAAACCACAGGAUUGGGAGGACUCGUCGCUCUCACCCAGAGGAGGAGGGAGAGGUGAUGACAAAAGGAAACGGAGUAAGAACCACUCCGGCUGUGGCUGCUUCAGAGCGACGCAAGUCACUCAAACUGGACUGCCUUUUGAGCUCUGCUCGCUGUGUGCUCUUCCAAUGUCCUCUACACAGUUUCUCUGGCCAGGCUGUGCUCAAGAUACAGGCUCGACUCUGGGACGCCAGCUUUGUCGAGGAGUUCCCAUCGGUCAGUGCUCUGGAGGUGAUGGUCCGAGCAAACAUCACAGUCAAAUCCACCAUCAAACACUUGGUCCUCAGGGAUGCAGCGGCACAGGUCCCGGUGAUGAUCUACCCUGAGCCCGGCCUCUCAGACCAGUACUGGAUCCCCUGGUGGAUCAUCCUCAUCGCAAUACUGGCCGGGAUCCUACUGCUCACACUGCUCGUCUGUAUACUCUGGAAGUGUGGCUUUUUCCGUCGUGCUCCUUACAAAGACAAGCUGCCCCAGUACCACGCGGUGAAGAUCCCUCGCGAGGACAGACCACAGUUUCAAACACACAAAUCUGGAGGCGUACACAAAAAGGAGUGGGCUACACACUGGAGCGAUGGAUCGACUUUGUAAAAACAGAAAAAAGAAGAAAAAAAAAACUAUUUAAAAUCUACUUGUGUGACUUUUGCGUUGGCCUAAGCGGUGCACAUAGACUGUAAGAUUGUGUGCACGCAGGGUCACUUCUCGAUGGCUGAUUUCAUGGACUGGGAAUGUUUACCAUCCUGGCUGGUCUUGGAUUUUGAAGUUCACCCAAUGUCAAGAUUAACGGUAAUUAAUUGAGUGUUAAGAUCGGCUAAAGUUUGGUCUGGCACUCCAAGAGACAAGAAAAUGGACAAAAUCAACAAAACAAGCAUGGCAUUUUUACACCAGAGGAACUGAGGACACGUUGGGAAGAUUUCAAGCCAUUUUUGCCUUAACUACAAGACUGAUCACUGAUGGACAACAAUAGUUUUUAUAUAAAAUAAAUGAAUAAAUAAAAGAGAUAUGUGUGUGUAGUUAGCACUGAGGAACCACAGAGAAAUAGAGCUGUUUGUAAAAAGAUUUUAUGGAUAAAGUUAUACUGAAUGAUAGGCUUAUGGACUUGCUGUUUGUUUUGUAAAUUUGAAUGCGUUAGAAAAAUAAUGCUUUUUAAUGAGGAGUUUGUGUUGAUCUCUCCUGUUGCUAAAUGUACUGUACUUAACAGGGGCCUGGCCAGUCAACAGUUGCAUUGUUAAUUUAUUCAACUUAAAAUGGGGUCGUAUCAAUAUCAUAAGACCAUAAGGACUAAGGUAGGGCCAAGGGAGGCUUCUAUUAAAGAAAGCAGGAAAAAAAAGAAAAAAAAAAAACUCUCCCGUGGUUCCUUUACUGACCCCUUGUGGAUGCAGUUGGUGUUUUAUCCAGGUUAUGAUAUAUUUCUCCAUUUAGACAGUGGUUCAUUUUCAUGUUUUUUUUUUUUUUUUCAUUAUUCCCUAAAAGAUGACAUCAGGAAUGUGUGUGUGAUUGGCCAGGCCUCUGUAGCAGGUGACAUCCUGAGUGAACUUGAACUAAAAAAACACAGUACAGCCGUAACCAUGGCACCAACAAUUCAACCAAAUAUGUCUGAAAGAAGAAACUCUUAGUGAAUAGUGUCUCACAAUGUGAGCAUUUACAGUAACACUCGCAACUACUCAUGUAGUUUGAAGCACCACAGCUGCUGUUUACUGAGAAUAGUAGUUUGCAUUUUAGCAUUGGGAUAAAAAACAGUGUGAAACACUGUACAUUUUUAUCAUGUAGACAUGCUGCUGAAGUGCAGUCGGCAUUGAGUUAUUGCAGAAGUAACAUCCUCCCAUUGAACCAAGUGCCUUUGAAAGAACAGGUACUCAGAGUGUAGACCUCUGCCAAGGCAUUACACUUAUUUGAACUUUAAUGUUAUUAGUCCACAUGUUUUCACUGGUCUAUUCAUGAAUGUGUGACCACGGCAGUAACUCCUCCAGUGCUGUAAGAGGAUGUUGUCACUAAUAAUAAUAAUGAUAAGUUUGUGUAUCAAAGAGUUAAAGUUUGGAAGUAUUGCUGGACAAUCGAGUAUUGGCUGCAUGAGGCUCAUGUCACUGUCCUGAUGUCCCUCUCUUCUGUCAUGGUUCAGUUCAAGUCUAUAGUUUUUGUUUUGGCUGCACUGUUAAAUCAAAAGUUUGUAAAUAAAAG